AGAUGCUGUUGUCACCUUCUGAAAUACUAACAAAUGAUCAGUUCUGUUUGACUCUUCUUAUGGAAAAAUAAUCUUCUCCUGUAAUGGAUCUGCUUCACUGAACUGUUCUUUAUGAGUACACACUUACGUUUGAAGUACAUCUUGUUUCUCCUAGGAUUUAACUACAACUGUUCAGAUGGGGUGCAGAUGCUGUAGAAUGAUAAGAAGGUACAUCUUUGGACCUACUAUUGUAAGAGAACUACCGCCCAACAGUGUGAAAAAUGAAAAAAAUUAUAGAAACAAUGACAUUAAACGUGAGACGUCAUUUCACAACAGCAACAUCAAAACUAACAAUAUUGUCACUUCAACUUUGGACAAAGUGAUAAACUUGGAAGAACAAAAUAUAGAAAUUAUAAGGAAGGAAAUGAAAGUAUCAGAAAAGAAUUUAACAUGUGCAGAAGAAAAAACAGUGGAAGGUGUUGAAGACAACACUGACAAUGAUGUAAUAUGUGCAUUGAAUAAUAAACUUGUACAUCCAGAGUCUUACACAGUUCCAGAACUUGACAAAAUAACUCAAACCACUAAUACAGGUAACUGUUCCUCAAACAAUAACUUAAGAGAGACAUCUGAAGAUGAACUGACACAGCACCAUGACCCAGAAACAGAAAGUGAUUGCCAGACAAUCAAUGGGCCAUCCACAGAACAUCCCACUGAAGCAGAAAACAUGGAGAAAGCAUGUGAAGUGCAUGAAGGAGGAGAGAAAACAAUUGACCUGGAAAUUGACUUUGUAAAUAACAGUAAACUGUUGCAUAUGCAAAAUGAUGAAGCAAAUCGAUACAAUCUGGAAACUGACACAGAGGAAGUCAAAUCUUCAUCCAACCAAUCUUCUAAUUCGGAAAUGAAUACCAUAAAUGGGUAUGAAGAUCUAGACAACAUGCCCUCUAGUAUUACUGAUGAAGAACUCAGCAAUGAUUUGUUUGAAGAAGUGAAACUCAGGAUAGAUGGGGAAGAUCCGGAGGUGGUUGCUGCACUUGCAGCACUGGAAGCAGCAACAGCAGGACAGGAUGAUGACCUGGAGGAUUAGACUGUACUAAACAACAUGGGACUCACUGAAACACACUGAUAUUAAGCAUUUAAUAUAUUUUUGGGCUUCGAAUGGCUUCCCUAGUCAUCAGAACCUCAAGACUGUGGCAUCUGAUUAACAUGAUGCAAACCGGUUAUUGUUUCUAAACUGAAAAAUAUCUAAAAGAUAAAAGGACCAGGGCAUGGGUCACUUGACUUGGAUAUUUUUGGCAGGCAACCAUGCCAAUUUGGGCACAAUAAGAGUUCCCAUUGGAAGGUGGGAUCGGGGUAUUGAAAAUAAAGAGCACAGACAACAUGCACGUGAGUGAAUCAAAAUGCUCGAAUCAGUUCCAGCAUCUUGGAAGCUUUGAGUCCCAGACACACUACAAUACCCAGAUAAUUAUUCUUCUCCUGCAUUUAGAUCAAAGAACAAGAAGGGGCCAGGAGCUGUAGUAACUCUGGACGAAUCAUUCUGUUGGCCUGAUUUCCUAGUCAUUUCAUAUGCUCUGAAUGGGGCAGAUCAAACUUGUGUUUGUUCCCAGCAUGAUGGAAACUCUUCUAAGUUCUUUCUUUCAGCAUACCCAACUUUUCAACCAGCAAGAGCACUUUCAGCGUCAUAAUCUUUCAAUUCAUCUUUACCAAUACCAUCAUGUGGUACUUUGUGCCUGGUAUAAUGUAGAAACAGCACCAUUGGUGCAUUAAGUCUGUCAUUGUAUUUUUCUUUGAGAUUUUCAGUGUUUAUUCUCACUCUUUUGCUCACCCCCUUAACCUUAAUCAUUGCUCUUUAUGAGCAGCUCGCUGUAAUGUAGAAACGUCAUAAUACAGAGGGCAACGAUUCAAUCCAUUAUAUCUCUGGUGGCCAAAAACAGCAAUCUAGCCUAAUCCCACUUUCCAGACCUGUAGGCUUCAACACUAAGCAGUACCUUUUCAAUGUGAUGAGGUGUUCUGUCUCUUGCAGUUUUUCAAUGAGUGAGUUUCAGCGCUUCCUUUAUAUUCAAACCUAAAUUAUUGACCUUUUGAAUGAAAAUCAAGAGACCCAGCAUUGAACCUGCUGGAACCUCAAUGGGAAGUUAUGGAAGUAACUCCUGGCCAUUGUUACAUGCCACUUUACAUCCAGUCUGCCACUUUCCCCUUGGUCUGAUUACUUCUUACUUUUCAGAUUAGUCAGCAUGUGGGAUCUUGUUAAAAGCCUUCCUAAAUCCCUUGUAAACUACCAAACUACCCUCAUCCACCCUCUUUGCUACCACUUCAAAACUAGCAAUCAUUAAGACUGAAUCUUCCCUUCAUAAAGCCGUGUUGACUAUCCUUGAUUAAUCCACAUUUUUCAAAACAACAAUGAACACUAUCCCUCAGAAUACUUUCUAGUAAUUUGGGCUGAGUGCCCUGUAAUUACUUGAGCAAUGCCCUCCUCUCUUUUUAAACAACAGUUACACUAUUAACAACUGUCACUACAUCUGUAACCUCAGAAGAUUUCAGAGCCUCCAUUACCUCCUUCCUUGUUUCUUUGAGCUGCGUGGAGUACAUUUUAGGCAUAAUGAGUUUCCUACUUUCAAAGACGCUAAACGCUUCAAUAUUUCCUCUCUCACUAUCUAUGCCAAUACAAUAUUUCAGACUUCUUUUUAAAGUACAAUGUUUGCAUCAUUCCCAUAACCAGUAAAAACAAAAUAUUCAUCAAGAACCAUGACCAUGUUUUCUAUCUUCACUUGGUCAUUAAUUGGCCGUGCACUUAAUUAUCUUCUUGUUUAUUAACUCUUUCUUAAACAUCUUCAGAUUCUCCUUGAUGUUACUUGCUGUUAAUUAAUGAAGCCUUGUUUUUGCUAUCCUAAUUUCCUUUUAGUUUCACCCUGCAUCUUUUUUACAACUUCCUCGUUUUCUGCAGUAUUGAGUCUUAGUUGUUGACAUAAGCUUGGUUUUACCUUAUCAUACAUUCUCUGCUCUUUGACUUACUUCCAGGGCACUUAGUUUUACACAUCUUGUCCUUCAAAUGACUUAGUCAUGGUCUCUUAUCCAAGCUCUUAACUGGGAUAGGAGACCAAUCCUCAUUGCUUUUAGCAAGUGUACAUUUGCCCAUUGUAUGCUGGCUGAUUUAAACGCAGCAAAACUGUUGUAGUGCCAUACACUCUAUGAAAACUUUCCAUGGCACAGUUUUUUGUUUGUUUACAAAUACACUGAGCCACAUAUAUCUUUGGCAAAGGAUUUAAUACAGAACAGAUAUGUUGGUGUACUUUCUACAAAGUACACAAUAAAUCCCUGCAGAGAAAGAGCAAACAUUCAUGCUGUAGUAUAUGGUAAAAAGGUAUCUGUAGCCGAAAUUUUACGAAUAGACAAAAAUGUAAUCAAAUAAAAAGCUCAUUGUAAUGCAGAGUAAACUGGCGAGGAAGCAAACAACAUAAAAAUACAUAUAAAUACAGUCAGCAUCUCUGAAAUUGGUAUUAAUAGGAAGAAGCUCAUGUUUAUAUUACUAUCUGGCUGAUGAAACCUGUGUCUUUUAAAUUGUGGAUAAGAUGUCAAAUGCAAUCACAAAAACUGCCAUAGAUAUGAUAGUCCAGACAGCUGGAGUGAUGAAUGUACUGUAUAUAUUGCAAAAGGUCAAUGUACUGACUGUGAAUGAAAGCACUUAUCAUUUAUUGCGAUAAUCUCAGAAGAUGUGAGAGCAUUCUGGAGUAACAAGUCUCAGCAGGACUUGAUUGGAAGUUCUGUACAUAAUAUAUUCAAAUACAAUAUUGUAAAUACUAUUUGAAUUGUUUUAUCAAUUGUAAAGCUUUUCUAUAACUGUCAAUGCUUUAUAUGAAACUUAAUAUGCAGCAUGUUAGUUAAUGAAAAUUGAAGCUGCAGCAAAAAAACUAUCACUUUUCCAUUUAGAAAUGUUAAUUUGGAUAAUAUUAACUUAUAUAAAGAAACAUCAUGAAUAUUAUUAAUUGUUUUAUUUCUGGACAUUUUAUGUGGACUAUAAUAAAAUAUUUGUUAUAAAUUACAA